UGAACACCAGCGCGGGAGUUCGAGCUUUCCUUUCCGAAUGACCUGAACCAGCAAACACGAUGACGCUGGAAGGAAAGCGAUGAACUAGCAAUCACAAUAAACCAGUUUGUCAGUUCAUUUAACACGCUGGCUAAACCAUGUAGUGGGUCAUGGCAUUAUAUGGAAUUUGACUGAAACGCCUAUUUCCAAUAUCCACCAAACCAGACCAUCGUGUGAUGGAGCUCAUGGAGGCCAUGGAAGUUGACUUCCAGCUGCAGGGCUCCAGUAGGCAGACCGACGCAGCCGUCCUGCCGCGGGUCCAGUCACCUGCUGCAGCACCAGAGCAGGACCAGGCCCCCAUCAUCAUCCCCGACUCUGGCAGCAGCACGGAUGUCGAAGAUGAGGACGAGAGAGACGCUGCUGUCCGUGACCCACCCCGGCUACUGACCACCUGGGCUUUCAGCCGAAGGGCCGAAGGGGGCCUGGCAGCCCGGGCCACUGCUUCAGCCAGCCAGGGAGUGAGGACACACAGGAGAGCCAGGCCUGGUCUCAGAGUCCACUACCCCAGCCAGACCACUGCUCCUUCCGGCCGCUUCAGGGACUUCCUACUACGAGUCCCAGCAGCCAGUGCGGCGGAGCCUGACUCAGGAAGCACGACGGAGAUCAGCGAAUCAGAAGAUGAGGCGGAGCCUCCGGCGCCGACGGAGCCUCCAGAUCCCACGUUACCCACAAGCCCCCGUCUACCCCCCUCCGUCGCUGCCACCCCUCCACAGGAGCCCAGCCACGCAGCUGCAAACACAGUGUUUACACUGUCCUCUCUGCUGGCAGUGGAAGAGAGGACAGAGGAAGAGAGGACAGAGGCAGAGAGGGCAGAGGCUAGAGGUCAAGUAUCUUCUGAGUCUGUGCUAGCUCCGCUGGCUGUGGUGGGGGCUCCCCCGAGGCAGGAGGAGGAGGGGGAGGGGGAGACCUGCUCCAUCUGCUUUGAGCCCUGGACCACAGCCGGGGACCACCGCCUGGCUACGCUGCGCUGCGGACAUCUCUUCGGCAAAACCUGCAUCGAGCGCUGGGUGAAGAGCCAAGGCCAGGAGGCCAAGUGUCCUCAGUGCAACAAGAAGGCCAAGCGGUCAGACAUCGUGCUGCUGUACGCGCGCAAGCUGAGAGCGCUGGACAACACUGAGCAGGAGGGGAUGAAGAAGUCUCUGGAACAGGAGCAGUCCCGGCGGAGGAAGGCGGAGCUGGAAUCAGCUCAGUUCCGUCUGCAGCUGCAGGUGGUGACGGACGAGAACGGAAAACUACGCAGGCAGCUGCAGGAGCUGAGGACCCUGAUGGCCCAGACAGGAGGCCGGUCAUCCCAGACCCCCGGGGCCUCCCUCCAGGGCCAGAGGCAGGACGGCAGCCAGGGAGGCCACCACUACGUGUUCUCUAAGGCCGUGCUGGUUUCCCAGGCGGGGGGGUGCAGGGUCCUGUCCUACUGUGAGCCCCUCAGCUGCCUGCUGGCCUCGCAGCCCUCCCCCCAGGCCACCCUGGUCCCUGGAUGCGGGGUUAAGAAGGUUAGCACAGUCACCAUGAAGGCCUGCCAGUAUGUACCCAUCCAUAUCAAGCAGAUCCGAGGCCUGGCCUUCAACAGUCAGGCCGACAGCCUACUGCUCUCUGCUGCCCUGGACAACACCAUCAAACUAACCAGCCUAAUCACCAACACGGUGGUGCAGACAUACAACACAGGCAAGCCGGUGUGGAGCUGCUGCUGGUGCCUGGACAACAGCACCUACGUGUACGCAGGCCUGAGUAACGGCUCUGUGCUGGUGUACGACACCAGAGACACCAGCACACACGUGCACGAGCUGCAGCCCCUACGCUCCAGGUGUCCCGUUGCAUCCCUGUCCUACGUGCCUCGUGCUGCCUCUAGCUCUUUCCCCUGUGGAGGCCUGAUCGCCGGCUCCCUGGAGGGGGGCUGCUUCUGGGAGCAGCUGGACGGGACCACCUACCGACCACACCUGUUGCCCCUGGAGACCGGCGGCUGUACAGACAUCCAGGUGGAGGCCGAGAGCAGGCACUGUCUGGUCACCUACAGGCCAGGGCGCUCCAGCGCGUACCUGCGCUGCGUUCUGAUGGAGCUGGCCCGGACCCCCCAGCUGGACUCGGCCCAGGAGCCCAGCUGCUCCUGCUACCCCGUCCAGACCUUCAACGCCGGCGCCUCCUGCAAGCUGCUGACCAAGAACGCCGUGUUCAGGAGCCCGGCAGGGGGGGGCUCCUCCCUGGUGUGUGCAGGAGACGAGGCCUCCAGCUCCACCAUGGUGUGGGAUGCCAGCAGCGGCGCCCUGGUCCAGAAGCUCCCGGCAGACCUGCCUGUGCUGGACAUCUGCCCGUUCGAGGUGAACCAGGACAGCUACCUGGCCUCGCUCACAGAGAAGAUGCUGAAGAUUUACAAGUGGGAGUGACAGAGAAGAACAGGAAGUGGGAAGGACACACAGGAAGUAGGAAGGACACACAAACAAACCAGCAUUCAUCCAGUGUACGAUUUAAGCCAUUGUUUUGUAUGAAUGACAUUCAUUUGUACAGUCUCUUCCUGUCCCAAAUAGACUAGGAGCACAACAGAGCAGAGAUAUUAUUGUUUGGGUCAGACUUCCUAGUGGUUAUUGUACUCUGCUGUUAGCAGGUAACUGGAGUGCCUGAACGGAUAUGCCACUGUCUUAAAUGUUUACAUUAAACUGUUUUCAUCAGACGGAAGCAUAUUGAACCGUAGAGAAGAUGAUGGUGUUCCUGAACAGUAGUAAAGGGCUCAAAAUGCCACAACAGAUGUGACAGGAAUAUACAGCUGCAGUCGCUAGGCCUUGUGUGUGGAUAGAUUUAGAAGACCUGGUCUCUGCAGACCUGGACCUGGUCUCUUCAGACCUGGUCUCUGCAGACCUGGAUCUGGUCUCUUCAGACCUGGUCUCUGCAGACCUGGACAGUGCUUUGUCUUCUCAUGGCUGUUGGUCUGGUUGGAGUCAAGAAUCCCUGAGCACGGUAACAUCCCAUAUUCAGAUCAAUGCAGUUUUAUCAGCAGACAAGACCUCAGUGAUGGACCGUGUGUUAGAAAGAUGGGCUGGUUUUGUCUUUUUAUUUUCUCUACUUUGUUUCCAAAGGAAAUUGUCUAAGUGCAUAUGUAUAUAUUUCAGUCUUACUAUUGUGUACUAUUUUAAAAUUUAAUAAAAAUUCGUAUUCAA